CGGCAAUUGUUUCUACAAGAAGACUGGUAGCAUGUCAAGAGCCGACAACUACCUAAGGUGACCCCAACACUAGACCACAGCUACAGCAGAGUAAAUGCAUAAACUGCGGAGCCUCUCUGUAGCCACACUGGCUGAAGUUUUAAGCAGAUUUUCGAUGAGACUAAAGAGCACUGGACGAAGACCUGCAGCUCCGCUGGGUUCAAGGAUUCUGACCAAUCAUGAUGACAUCUUUAAGCACAACAUGUGGGAUCAUGUGCAGUGGACAGAAGAAGACAAGGAAAACGCACGGCAGAAAGCAGAAGAAAACUCCAGUGUACAAAUUCCUUUAAAGGAACAAGGUAAAUUUGACACAGAAGCUUGCCAAUAUUGGGACAAGUUUUAUGAGAUGCACCAGGAUAAAUUCUUCAAAGAUCGUAAGUGGUUGUUUUUAGAAUUCCCAGAACUGCUUCCUUCGGAUGCAAAAAGCCAAGCUACAGACAGGUGUCCGGGUGAUCAGCAGGCAGAAUAUCCACUACCGAGUGGGUCCGACAGAGAAACCAGACAACACAGCUGCUACACACACCAUCACAGGAAUACAGACUCCUCCCAUCGUCAGGAGACCUGUCAAGGUGCAGCACUGGAGAAAAAUGAAGCUGCCAUACAGACUUCUUUUCCUGGACAGCAUGCAUCUUUCAGGAUCUUGGAGGUUGGAUGUGGGGUUGGUAACAGUGUAUUUCCCAUUGUUAACUCCAUCAAAGAAACUGGUGCAUUUUUAUACUGCUGUGACUUCUCCUCGCGUGCUAUUCAGCUGGUUAAGGACCAUCCAGACUACGAUGACUCUGUAUGUCAUGCAUUUGUCCAUGACAUUUGUGAAGAGAUGGCCUCCUUUCCCUUUCCUCCUCAGAGCCUGGAUGUUAUUAUGGCAGUCUUUGUGCUGUCCUCCAUUCAUCCGGAGCGAAUGCAAGGAGUCGUGAACCGGCUAUCUACAUACCUGAAACAGGGAGGGACAUUCCUCUUCCGUGAUUAUGGCAGAUACGACUUCUCACAACUCCGGUUUAAAAAGGGGCGGUGCUUAUCAGAGAAUUUCUACACACGUGGAGAUGGAACCUGUGUUUAUUUUUUCACAAAAGAGGAGGUUCAUGAUUUAUUUUCCAAAGCUGGACUGGAAGAAAUUCAGAAUCUGGAGGACAGACGACUACAAGUCAACCGAGGAAAGAAAGUUGUAAUGCAGCGGGUGUGGAUGCAGAGCAAGUACAGGAAAUCUUAACACUCCACCACAGGAUCAUUUGGAGAUAUAUGUCUUUUUUACUUUAUAUUUUCGCUGUUCUUUUUUUUAAAUUUAUUUAGUUUUUUAAACAAUAGCUCCUUAUAAAAGUCUUGUCUGUGUAUCUGUACAACAACAAAACUGUAUGAAAUGAACUUUUUGUAUAAAACAUGUAAAAACAGA